UGCGUCAGUUGUUAUCUGUUCGGGGCGCCGCCACCGCCGCCUCACGAGCCCGGUGCCCAGAAGCCCGGCCGCCCGCCCGCCCGCCACCCGCCGCCCGCCCCGCUUGCCCGGCCCGAUCACCGCGCCGCGCGCAUGGGGCACGCCCCCGGGGGGGCGGCCGAGGGCCGCUGAGCGCCGGGCCCGCCCCCGCCGAUGCUCCCAGCCGCCAGCGCCGGGGUUCCCAGGCCGCGCCGGGCCCGGGGCUGAGCCGCCCCCUGCGCCCGGCAUGCCCGGCCCGGCCCGCCGCCCGCCGCCGCCCAGGGCCCGAGCCCGCGCGGCGCAUACUCAGCCCGGCGGCGCCGCAUAGCCAAGGGAGCCCAGCCGCCGCGAGCCAGGCGCGGGGCGUCAAGGUCACCGGCCCGACGGGGCGCACGCACUGCCAUGGAGGCCAAGGUCCGCCCGAGCCGGCGCUCGCGCGCCCAGAGGGACCGUGGCCGGCGUCGGGAGGCCUCCCGCGACGCCCGCGCCCAGAGCCCGUCGUCGGGCGACGAGCCCGAGCCCAGCCCCGGCAAGGAGAACGCGGGCCUCCGCGGCGCGCCCCCCCGAGGCACCGCCCCCGCGCCCCGCGCCGCGCGCCCCCCGCGCCGCCGCCGCCGCGAGUCCAGCUCGCAGGAGGAGGAGGUCAUCGACGGGUUCGCCAUCGCCAGCUUCAGCACCCUGGAGGCCCUGGAGAAGGAUAUGGCCCUGAAGCCGCAUGAGCGGAAGGAGAAGUGGGAACGUCGCCUGGUCAAGAAGCCCCGGGAGUCGGAAAAGUGCCCUGCUGCGGAGCCCAGUGAGAACAGGCGGCCCCUGGAGGCCGGCAGCCCUGGGCAGGACCUGGAGCCCACCUGCGACGGAGCCAGGAAGGUGCUGCUGCAGGCCUCCAAGCAGAUGAAGGUCACCGUGUCCAAAGGGGGCGACCGGGACAGUGAUGAUGACAGCGUCCUCGAAGCCACCAGCUCCCGGUGGAGCAGCUCCCGAGACCCACUCAGCGAUAGCUCUGCGCAGGCGGUCUCGGGGAGAGGCUACUCCUGUGACAGCGAGAGCGGCCCGGAUGACAAGGCAUCAGUGGGCUCCGAGAAGCUCUUUGCCCCAGAAACCGAUAGAGCCCCAGCGCUUGAGAAGUCGGAGGCCAAGGCCGGGGCGGUGCCCAAGGUGUCUGGCCUGGAGCGCAGCCGUGAGCUCAGCGCCGAGUGCUUCCUGCCCGCGGCCAGCCCCGCGCCCCCUGCCGCGCCCUGCCCAGGGCCCCCUCCCGGCGCCCGCGCCAGCCCCCUGGUGAAGAAGGAGCCCCCCGCCCCUCCCCGCCACACCCCGCAGCCGCUGCCCGCGCCCCCGCAGCCCCGUGGUCCGCUCCCGACACACGUGCCUGCGUCCCUGGGCGCCUUCGCGGGCCACGGCCUCGGCCAGGCGGCUGCCAGCGGCCUGCACAGCUUCAGCAGGAGCAGCAGCGUGGGCAGCAACGCCCAUCUGGGCCUGGGGAAGCACGUGUCGCUGUCACCACACGGGCCGGGCCCCCACCUGUCUACCUCACACCUGGCGCUCCGGUCCCAGGGGCAGCACCAGCACCACGCGGCCAUGUUCGCCGCGCCCCCGACACUGCCCCCGCCCCCGGCGCUGCCGGCCAGCAGCCUGGUCCUCCCAGGACACCCGGCCGAUCACGAGCUGCUCAGGCAAGAGCUGAACACGCGGUUUCUGGUGCAGAGCGCCGAGCGGCCUGGCGCCUCCCUGGGCCCGGGGGCUCUGCUGCGGGCGGAGUUCCAUCAGCACCAGCACACACACGAGCACACGCACCAACACACACACCAGCACCAACACACAUUCGCCCCGUUCCCCGCGGGGCUGCCCCCGACGCCGCCCGCCGCACCCCCGCCGUUUGACAAGUAUGCGCCCAAGCUGGACAGCCCCUACUUCCGACAUUCCAGCGUGAGUUUCUUCCCGUCCUUCCCUCCUGCCAUCCCGGGACUGCCCACCCUGCUCCCACACCCCGGCCCCUUUGGGUCCCUGCAGGGCGCUUUUCAGCCCAAGGUGUCUGACCCGUACCGGGCGGUGGUCAGGGUGAGUGCGGUCGGGAAGGCCUGUGGCAGGGGCGGACCCUGGUGCUCCGGGGUGGCCUCGGGGCCCUGUGAGGGCAGGAGUCUGGGAAGACGUGGGCGGGGGUGGCAAGUGCCCGCUGACCGUGCCGUCCUAUUGCAGAAGCCCGGGAGGUGGUGCGCCGUGCACGUGCAGAUCGCCUGGCAGAUCUACCGCCACCAGCAGAAGAUGAAGCAGAUGCAGCUGGACCCCCACAAGCUGGAGGUGGGUGCAAAGCUGGACCUGUUUGGCAGACCCCCUGCCCCAGGCGUGUUUGCUGGGUUCCACUACCCGCAGGACCUGGCUCGGCCCCUCUUCCCCAGCACAGGUGCCACCCAUCCUGUCUCCAGCCCAUUUGGACCCUCAGCCCAUCCCAGCAGCUUCCUGCCCACUGGCCCCCUGACAGACCCUUUCAGCAGACCAAGUACCUUCGGGGGCCUCGGGAGCCUGAGCAGCCACGCCUUUGGGGGACUGGGCAGCCACGCACUGGCUCCCGGCGGCAGCAUCUUUGCCCCUAAGGAGGGCUCCUCUGUGCAUGGCCUGCCCAGCUCCCAUGACGCCUGGAACCGGCUGCACCGGGCACCGCCUUCCUUCCCUGCACCACCCCCGUGGCCCAAGUCUGUGGAUGCUGAGCGGGUGUCAGCCCUGACCAACCAUGACCGAGAGAUGGACAACGGCAAGGAGGAGCAGGAACGGGACCGGCUGGAGAAGACGCGCCUGCUGAGCCGGGCCUCGCCGGCGACCCCCACAGGCCACCCCGUCAGCGGCCUCCUGCUCCGCGGCCAGGGCGAGCUGUGCCGGGCUGGGGUCCCUGCGGAGCGCGAGGCCGAGCCCCGGGUCAAGGAGAGCCGCUCGCCCGCCAAGGAGGACGGCGCCAAGACGGCCACGCGCGCCUCGCCCCACAGCGACGUGAAGGUCAAGGAGGAGCGCGGGGAGGAGGAGGCGCCUGAGCCCGCGGGGGGCGCCUUGCACCCCGCACCCCUGCAGCUGGGCCUGGGCGCGGGCUUCGCGUGGGAGCCGCUGCGCGAGCCCUUCCGCGGCCUGGAGCUGCCCCGCCGGGCCUUCCCCGCCGCUUCCGCCGCUCCGGGCCCUGUCGCCCUGUUCGAGCCCCCGGAGCGCCCCUACCGCGACCGCGAGCCCCACGACUUCAGCCCGGAUCGCCUGCGGGCGCCGCCCCCCGCCCCCGCCCCCGCCCUGGACGCCGCGCUGCUGCCCCCGCUGGGCGCCCUGCACUUCCCACGCCUCGCGCCCGCCGCGCUGCACAACGGGCUCCUGGCGCGGACCCCACCUGCCGCCGCCGCGCUCGGCGCACCGCCCCCACUGGUGACCACGGCCGGGCCCCCCACGCCCCCCGGGCCGCCGCGGAGCCGGACUACCCCGCUGGGGGGCCUCGGGCCGGGCGAGGCGCGCGACUACUCGCCAUCCCGCAACCCCCCGGAGGUGGAGGCGCGGUAGUCCCGGGCCCUACCCGAGAACUCAAGCACAGCCCCCGCCAGCCCCGCCGCCCUCCCGGGGUCGGCCUUUCCGAGGGUGAGGUUUUGGUUUCCGAGUUUGGGAUUCGCCUCUUGGCAGAAAAAAUCGUGUUUGUACUUUUUCCCCGACAGAUGAGAAGGGUUUUUAAUGGAAUUUUUUUAAUGUAUUUUUCUUAAUUUUAUGCUCUUUAGACAUUUAAAAGAACCAAAAAGGAAACUUUGGCUUCUUCGUUUUCGGUUGGGAUUUGCAGUUUGAUGGCCUCAGAUCCUUCUCCAGAUCCCCAGGGUUUCUUUGUCUUAUUUAUGGAGAAAAACCGGUCACUUUGUCCAGCGCACUGUGAGGCCCCACUCAGGCCAGCCCUGGCCCCCUUGGUACUUGGAACCGAAGUUACAGAUCUAUAUUAAAAUAAUAAUAAUGUACAAA